AAACGUCAGACUUUUCUCCCAAAAGAGCGACUUAUAAACAGUUUUCUUCUUCUUCCUGAUUUGACAUUUUUUGCUCUUGCGACUUAUACUCCAGAAAAUACGGUAAAUCAAAGAUAAUCAAAAGUUGUUGCCAUGAGGCCUCUGCCUCCUCCUCAUUGAUCUUCUCUUUUCUUUAUCAACAGAAUGGAUUUUUGUACAACUAUUACCUGUUCAAUCCUCGAUGACUGAGUGACCCCCCCCCAGCCGAGGCCUUCACAACUCAUGAUUCCCACAGUCCUCAUCCCGCUGCUCCCUGUCCUGCCGCCGGCAUUGUUAAGCAAAGGAGUCAUCAAAAGGAGCGGAGAGAGGAAGAAUGGAGGACAGAAAGUUGGGAAGCUAUUGGAGGCUAAUUGACAGAGGAUGACUGAGCAAAGGGGUGGAAGGAUGGAACUGAGGGGGUGUGUCGGAAGGAAAGGAGGGUGACAAACCAGGGAAGGGUAGAUGAAAGGGAGGGAGGAGGGACGGGGAGAGGAGGCGGGGGAGCCCAAGCUGGCAACCCUGCCCCAACUGCCAAAGCCCUAUUUUGUCAUUGGGUGGCUGUGACAGAGAGAGUGGGUCAAGACAGACAGAGCAGAGAGAUAGACCCUGAUUGGACGCCACUGAUGGAGUAGAGACCGAGGCAGCCUGUGAAUUUUCUUAGCUGUCAUGAGGCCUCGGGGGCUGAUCGAGUGGCGCCACUGACUCGCACAAAACAGGACCGAAGACACAUGAAGGAGAAUCUACAGCAGAAACACGCACAAGUGACAACAAGUAACUAGGGACCACAAGGCUUUUAUAAGCAAGCGGGACAGAGAAGGUUCAUCCAUCCGUCCGUCACCUCCAGCUCAGCGGGCAGAAAUGAAGAGACCUCAUGACUACAGCUCGCCGGACUCGGACACGGACGAGUUCAUCGACGUGGGACAAGAAGACAGCUACUGUCCAGUCAGCGGGUCCAUGUCUCCAGGCAGCGCCUCCCAGGUUCUGGCCCGAAAGAAGAGGAGAGGAAUCAUCGAGAAGAGGCGCAGAGAUCGGAUUAACCACAGUUUAUCCGAGCUGCGGAGGCUGGUGCCCAGUGCUUUUGAGAAACAGGGUUCCUCCAAGCUGGAGAAGGCAGAGAUCCUGCAGAUGACAGUGGAUCACCUCAAGCUGCUUCACGCCAUGGGAGGAAAAGGAUACUUUGACGCCCGAGCUCUGGCGGUCGACUAUCGGACCCUGGGCUUUCGGGAGUGUGUCGGGGAAGUGGUGCGGUACCUCAGCUCCCUGGAGGGCGAGUCCCCGGACCCCAUCGGGGCCCGCCUCGUCUCUCACCUCUCCCACUGUGCGAGCGAGCUCGACCCUCUCCUUCUCCAGGCCCCGGCUGGCUCCGCCAUGCCUUUCCCCUCCUGGCCGUGGGCCUCUUUCCCACAAAUCACUCCCCCGUCUACAGCCUCCUCCUCGCCGGCCUUCCCCAGCGGCCGACGGGAUCUCGCCCUGCUGGGGAGCUAUCCUAGCGCUCCCCUCCGCCUCGCCCCUUUGGCGGCCUGCCAGCAGGUUGGACCAACGCUCCUGCCGCCAGCCGCUCUGGCCUCCAUCCACAGAGUCCCGUCCCUCUCAGAGGCUCCAGGCCUGACCCAGUCCAGACAAACCCGGUCGUCUCCCCACAGCACCACCUCCCCACUACCUCCUCCGUCUUCAUCCUCCCCCACUCCUCAAGUCUCCUUCCGACCCUUUGCACCCCUGGGGUCUCCCACGCUCCAGCGCAGGGGUCUGAGCGGCUCGUGUAAGCCGGGUUCAGGUUGGGGGACUGAGAUUGGCGCCUUCUGAGGAUCCGAGUCAUCCCCAACACAGUGACUGCCGCGGGAAUGAACAUCUGAUGCUUGCUCUGCUCUUAAAGGGACUCUAAAAGCCAUAGGAGGGAAAUAUGCCGUUAUCUCAAUCAAGAAGAAAUGUGAAGGAGUAGAUGAAAUAAUCCAUGCCUAAAAUCCAUAAUUGGUUAUUUUGUAUAUUUCACGUCUUCAUUUCUGAAGGAUGUUUGAGAAAACCUCCAUAAAGACGAAGUGCCUUUGA